CUUAUUUUUAUUGAAGAAUUUAUACAAUAUUAUCAUGCACAGUAUGGCGAGUACUUCAGUUGAAGUAAGAAAAGGUUCAUGGACUGAAGAAGAAGAUAACCUUCUCAGGAAAUGCAUUGAUAAGUAUGGAGAAGGAAAAUGGCAUCAAGUUCCUCUCAGGGCAGGAUUGAACAGAUGCAGGAAAAGUUGUAGGCUGAGGUGGUUAAACUAUCUCAGGCCAAAUAUCAAAAGAGGUGACUUUACACCAGAUGAAGAUGAUCUCAUUAUAAGGCUUCAUAACCUGUUAGGCAACAGAUGGUCACUGAUUUCUGGUAGACUGCCCGGAAGAACAGCAAACGACGUGAAAAACCAUUGGAACUCCCAUGUGCAGAAGAAGGUAUUGGCUCAAGAAGAGGCUACGAGGAAAGCCCAGAAAUCCACCAAAACCACAAUCUUGAAACCUCGACCUCGUACCUUCAAAAGAAUUGCACCUUUUUCGUCGAGAGAAAACAUAACUUUCGAACCAAAUAUUUCAGUGACGGAUCAAAAUUUAGACAUUCCAUCUCCAUCAUCGUCAAAACCAGUAGAUGAUGAAUGCUCCCAAUGGUGGAGUAACUUGCUUGAUUCUGUUAAAAUUGAUGGAGAACCUGAGCCAGGAUCCAAUGCAAUAUCUCUUGACAAGGACAUUUGGGAACUUUUUGAGUUCUGAAAACAAUAUAAAUGCGGUAGAAACC